AUGUGGGCAGGGGAGGUGGUUCCCCUGUUCGUCGACUGGGCAGUAACCGGUCUCGUACAUUUGCGCGAACGCGCCCAUGGCGACUGGUAUUGUGGCGAAGGAGGUUCCCACGACGGAAAUCAAGCCCGUGCCGAGGUAAUAAGGGGUUUUGUAAAUAUGGAAGCGGGUCAUUUGGAUGGCGGAGAGGAGGCCGGAGACAAUCAGGGAGGUUGA